AGAUAUUGUGUUAGAAGGAUUACGGUAGCGUCAGAUGGGCGUGGCUUGCUUUACGUGGAACAUACCACUGCUCCAACACGGCCGUAACACCGGGAAGGAUUUUGUUGUGACAGCGGAGCAGCUACCCGGUGGGGAGACGGUAAAAACAGUAUUUUCCCCUUGGAUCAGCCAUGGCCUUCAGCAAAGGAUAUCGUAUUUAUCACAAGCUGGAUCCACCGCCUUAUAGUGUCAUAGUGGAAACGAGGACCAGGGAGGAAUGUCUCAUGUUCGAAUCAGGAGCUGUUGCCGUUUUGUCGGCAGCAGAAAAGGAGACCAUUAAAAGUACCUAUACCAGGAUCUUUGAUGCAUAUGGAAUUCUGGGAGUUCUCCGGCUUAACCUUGGUGACUCCAUGCUCCACAGUCUGGUGGUUGUGACUGGAUGCAGCUCUGUAGGAAAGGUGCAGGAUUCAGAGGUCUUCAGGGUCACGCAGACAGACUUUAUAUCUCUGAAGAAUGAUCCAGCUGAUGAGGACAGGAUUGCUGAGGUCCGCAAGGUCCUAAACUCCGGUCACUUUUACUUUGCCUGGUCUUCCACUGGAGCCAGCAUGGACCUAAGUCUCAACGCACACCGCAGGAUUCUAGAGGACACCACAGACAACCGCUUCUUUUGGAACCAGUCUCUGCACUUGCACCUUAAACACUAUGGAGUUAACUGUGAUGACUGGCUGCUGAGGCUGAUGUGCGGCGGCGUGGAGAUCAGGACUAUCUACGCAGGCCACAAACAGGCCAAGGCUUGCAUCUUCUCUCGCCUGAGCUCGGAGCGAGCCGGGACACGAUUCAAUGUCCGAGGAACCAAUGAUGACGGGCAAGUGGCCAACUUUGUGGAGACGGAACAGGCUAUUUUCCUGGAUGAUAAAGUCUCCUCCUUCAUCCAGAUCCGGGGCUCCAUUCCUCUUUUCUGGGAACAGCCGGGAAUCCAGAAAAAGUCCAUUAAGGGUGUUUUGUUGCACCUACAUGAGAAUCGGCACCCUAAUGGACUGGAUGAAAACCCCCACCUGGUGGGUUCCCAUCGUGUCAAACUGUCAAGGGGAUUCGAAGCAAACGCACCUGCUUUUGAAAGGCAUUUCACUGCGCUGCGGAGGUUGUAUGGAAAGCAGGUGAUCAUCAACCUGCUUGGAGGCAAAGAAGGGGAACAUAUGCUCAGCAAAGCAUUUCAGAGUCACCUGAAGGCAUCAGAGCAUGGCACAGCAGUGAAAAUGAUUAAUUUUGACUAUCAUCAAAAUGUGCGAGGUGGCAAGACUGAAAAGCUCGCCAGUGUCCUGAAACCCCAGCUCAAUAAAUUCAUAGAAGAGUGCGGGUUCUUCUACUAUUCAGGGGAAAAAGGAAUUGUGAGAACCCAGGGAGGGACCAUAAGGAGUAACUGCCUGGACUGUUUGGACAGAACCAACAGUGUUCAAGCCUUCUUUGCUCUUGAGAUGCUGCCCAAGCAGUUAGAACAAAUGGGUCUGACAGAGAAACCCCAGCUGGUGGCCAGGUUCCAGGAGGUUUUCAGGACCAUGUGGUCAGCUAAUGGCGACUCUGUCAGUAAGAUCUAUGCAGGGACCGGAGCCCUGGAUGGCAAGGCCAAGGCGGGAAAGCUCAAAGAUGGAGCUCGCUCCGUGACCCGCACCAUCCAAAACAACUUCUUUGAUAGCUCCAAGCAGGAGGCCAUCGACAUCUUGAGGCUGGGAUCCACACUAAACAGUGAUUUGGCAGACAAGGCUCGAGCCUUGCUCACCACUUCCAGUCUUUAUGUCACAGAGCCUGUCUUACAAUCAGCCUCUCCUAGAGUGUUGCUGGGAAUGUGUCAGAAUCACCACAAAUACACAAAACCCAAGCAGAUCCGGAUCUGCGUCGGCACCUGGAACGUCAACGGGGGAAAACAGUUUCGGAGCAUCGCAUUUCGCAACCAAACUCUGAACGACUGGCUGCUGGAUGCUCCAAAGAAGGCAGGGCUUCCCGAGUUUCAGGACAGUAAAGCCAAUCCCAUUGAUAUCUUUGCCAUUGGCUUUGAGGAAAUGGUCGAGUUGAAUGCUGGGAACAUUGUCAGUGCCAGCACCACUAACCAGAAACUGUGGGCAGCUGAGCUCCAAAAAAGCAUUUCCAGGGACCACAAAUACGUGCUGCUUGCUUCGGAGCAGCUGGUGGGAGUGUGCCUGUUUGUUUUCAUCCGUCCGCAGCAUGCGCCUUUCAUCAGGGAUGUCGCUGUAGAUACAGUAAAAACUGGAAUGGGCGGGGCUACUGGUAAUAAGGGAGGCGUCGCCAUCCGCCUGCUGUUCCACACCACCAGCAUCUGCUUCGUCUGCUCCCACUUUGCUGCUGGCCAGUCUCAGGUUAAGGAAAGGAACGACGACUACAACGAGAUCACUCGCAGGCUCAGCUUCCCCAUGGGCCGUCUGCUGUAUUCGCAUGAUUAUGUGUUCUGGUGUGGGGACUUUAACUACAGAAUCAGCCUUCCCAACGAGGAAGUAAAAGAGCUCAUCAGACAGCAGAACUGGGAUGCUUUAACAGCUGGUGAUCAGUUGUUGGACCAAAAAAAUGCAGGAAUGAUCUUUCGAGGCUUCAUUGAAGGAAAGUUGGAUUUCGCCCCCACUUACAAGUAUGACCUCUUCUCCGAAGAUUAUGACACCAGUGAGAAGUGCCGCACACCAGCGUGGACCGACCGCAUCCUCUGGAAGAGGAGAAAGUGGAACUUCAACCGAACAGCUGAGGAGAUGAACAUGGUGGGUGCAGCCUCUACAUCUGCAGAGGCGGAGGAGAAUCCAGAGCAGGCCUGGAGCCCUGGGACUUUGAAGUACUACGGCAGGGCUGAGCUCAAGACCUCAGAUCACAGACCUGUGGUAGCAAUAAUAGAUGUGGACAUCCUAGAGGUGGAUCCAGAGGAACGACACCAGGUCUACAAAGAAGUCAUCGCUCUGCAGGGGCCUCCAGAUGGAACCAUCUUGGUCUCCCUUUGCUCCUCUGGGCCUGAGGACUAUUUUAGUGAUGAACUCAUCGAUGAGCUGCUUGAUAAGUUUGCUAAUUUUGGGGAAGUCAUUCUCAUCAGGUUUGUUGAGGAGAAGAUGUGGGUGACCUUCUUAGAAGGUUACUCUGCUCUGGCCGCGCUGUCUCUCAGUGGUUCCACCGUGCUCGACAAGAUGAUUGACAUCCGCCUGAGGAGUCCAGGAUGGAUCAAGAGUCUGGAGGAGGAAAUGAGUGUGGAGAGGAUCUGCGGCAGCAUUCCCACUUCAGCCAGCUCCACUUUACUUGCUGAGGAUGUGGACGUGGGUGAUGACGAUUACGAUAUGGAAGGUGAUGUGGAUGACGAGGAGGAAGACAUCCUUCCCCAGCACCUGCAGCCUGGAGCAGGUUCCGCAUCUGGAUCUUCACCGCUGCCGUCCCCCCGCAGCAGUCCGUGUCCCUCUCCUACACAUGGGGAACCUGCUGCACCCAACAGACCAAGCCGUGGACAGCAACCCCCUCGACCGUCGCAAGAAGUGGAAGCAGAUUUAAGUCCAUCUUCACAAUGGAGAGAAAUACCAGGGCCUCCUGUAGACUUCCAGCCUGGUGCUCCCACAGGUCUAGGCCUGGAGCCCAAACGGCCUCCUCCACCUCGGCCCAACGCCCCUCCAGCCAGACCAGCUCCGCCUCAACGCCCUCCACCACCUUCAGCUGGCAUGAGCCCUCAGCCAGUUAGAAAGGACUCUGGAGACAGUGGCAUUUAUCCAAACCCACUGCAUGGUAGGAGGGGCAGUGAAGGCAUUUGUCCAAAUCCACUGCUUGGUAGGAGGAGCAGUGAAGGCAUUUGUCCAAACCCACUGCUUGGUAGGAGGGGCAGUGAAGGCGUUUGUCCAAAUCCUCUGCUUGGUAGGAGGGGCAGUGAAGGCGUUCGUCCAAACCUACUGCUUGGUAGAAGGGGCAGUGAAGGACCAAAAAGCCCCGCUCUUCCUCAGCAAGAUGCUCCUGCAGGUCGAGGCCAAGCAGGAGCUCCGGCCCCUGGAGGGGCUCCCAGACCAAAUAUUCCUCCUCGAGCCGGAGUGAUCAGUAUGCCCCCUCAGUCUCGGCCACAGCCUCCCUCUCAUCCAGGUGCUCCAAGGCCCAUUCCAGAUGUGCACCCCGGAGCCCCUCGGCCUAUCGCAGACACCCACCCUGGAGCCCCACGGCCUGUGCCCAGUGCACAAGUUAAACCACCUGAUCUUCCGUUGGGUCCUCCACCAUCCGGACCCCCUCCCACAAUGAAACCCCAGGCUCAGUCACCCAUGCAGCCUCAGCAAGCUCCCCCGUCGGCUCAGUCACAGCUGCCACCUCCAAUGCAGCCAACGCUUCCUGCUCCUAUGCAGCCACAACAGGCAGCGCCUCCCACUGCAGCCACUCCACCUGCUGCAGCCACUCCCACCGCUGCUUCUCCUGGGCCGCAGCAGAGCCUGGCGUCCCCUAAACCCCCACCUCGCUCCCGCUCAUCUCAUGCUCUGCCACCUGAAGCUGCCAAAUCUGAGUCUGCCCCAGCUGCACAGAGCAAUGGACUAAACGGAUUCCAAAGAGAAGCACAAUGGAAGCCCGACCCCUUUGACUCUCUUACAUCUGACCUGUUCUCCUCUUCCUCAUCCUCCCGGCUCACCACCCAAUCCCUUAACAGAGGCUCCUCUCUCUGUGCUCCACCCUCUCUUCCUUCAUUCACACAUUCCUCCUCCACUCUCCCCUCGUCAUUCUCCUCCCAGUCAUCCGCUUUAUUUGAUCUUGAGUCCCUGAAUUCAUCUUCCUCAUCCUCACUCUCCACCCCGUCGCCGUUUGCCGCCACGCUCCUCCCGCCGCCUCCUGUCCCAUCUCGCAGCCGCUCUCAGGAGAUUCUUCGUGCCUCUCCGAACCCCUUCCAGGCUGAGCCGCUGCCGGCCCGGCCCAGCAGCACCAAUCCCUUCACGGGCCCCCUGCUGCAGCAGCAGCAGCCUCGUCGUGCUUUGACCCCAGACUUCAGCGUCCAGCAUCAAAGCCAAAAAUCCGACCUUCAGAGGACUUUGUCUGCUUUCUCUCAGCCGCUCGUCCCCACCCCAGCAGCUGCAACCUCCUCCCAGCUCAGUCGGACCGUGUCUCUCUUUGGACCAUCACCCAGUCUCAAUCCGACCCAAGCUCCCCUGCUGCCACUGGCUCUCGCUCCGUCUCCCGCCCCCACAUUACCGCCAGCAUCGGCCUACUCUCUCCCUCCAGCUCUCGCCCCCCGUUCUCAGCCACCUCCUCCUUCAGCAGGAAAACAAACGAAGCAGUGGGUCACAUUUGAUGAGGAUUUGAAAUUCCCACCAACAACAAAAACACAACAGAACCCCAUAUUAGGUCCCAGUCCUCUGCCGACCCGCUCUGUGUUUGACUCUGAGCCUGAGUGGUUGUCCUCCUUACCGCCUCAAAUCCCAACCAGAACUGCUACCAAUAACCCAAAUCCCCUGCAGGGUCCCAACAACAAUGGCUUCUUUUCCUAGUUAGUCCGCAGAAACAAACAUUAACCACUCAUCAGAUGUAAGAGGCAUAUCUAUAUGUAUAGAUCUAUGAUAAAUGAGUAAAUGUGUUUAUGUAAAAAAGACAAUAUUUAAGAGUUAUAGACCCCCCCCUAAGUGUUUCAGGAGUUUAUAUCUCUAAACAGUAUUGUGAUAAAUGUUGGCACCCAGCUUUCAAGCUAUUGUCAUUGAAUUUACUAAAACUCACCGUUUUGUUUGGAUCUACGGCAGAAAACACGCUCCUGUCUUCAGUAUGUUUCAUAUAAAGUAUAUCUAUAUCCACAAGUCAUGCGUUUACGCACCUGUGCAAUAUCAGAGCAUACUUGUGUGGCUGUGCUGAUGUUUCCUAUAAAUACAUGUGGCUUUGCAGGUAACUCACCAUUUUUUGGACUGAUCAGAACAACAGUUGAUCUCUAGGUUUCACUUUAUCGUCUGAUUGCAGGAUUCUCCUUUUGUUUCCUGUGGAAGAAGCUCAGACCUGAAGGCCAUUUUAUUUCUGAAUGUAAUUUCAUUUGCACUGGAUUUGUCUGCAGUGUGUGUUUGUUUGUGUGUGUGUGUAUAGCACAAGUUGUUUGCCAGAUUAACCAGAUUGAUCCUCUGUAAAAUCACCUCAUCCUCUCGAUAAUAACUGCUUUAUUCAGUCAUCAUUAUUCAUCUGUAAGCUGAUAUUCCUGGUGUUUUGUAGCUCAGCAUCCAAUCCUAUACAUAGCAAACCUGUGUAUAAAUGUAUGCUUGAUUAUACAGAGUACUUGCUGGAUGUAUGGGUGUGUUUGUGAGGACCAAGUCAGCGGGUUUAGCCCGAUAAUACGAAUAUGCACUGAGACUCUGUGUGCGCCCUCCUCUUUUCCUGCAUUUUGUUUUUAUUUUAAUGGUUUAUCCAAAGUAUCGAUCUGUUCUAUAAGAAAUAAUUUUUAAGAAAUGCUGCUAGCUGGUGUGUUUAGUUGUACUUCAACGGUUAGCACUUUUUUUUGUUUACUUUAUUAUCAUUUCGAGGAGCCGCUGCUCUCGUUAUUGUUACCUUGGUGGGAAGUGAUGUGCUGUGUUUGAUGUGCAUUUCGUCUGUUGGUUUAUUUUGUUGAUUUGAAUGUGAGCGGGAGUGUGUGUACAAAGUUUUAAGAGUAGAAACCAUCAUAUUUCCUGACAGACUCAAAGCUACCUAUCUAUGCUCCCUGUACGUUUGCUCCUAUCAGUCAGCAGCUAUUUAUCAUUCAAUAAAGGGACUUUUAAAGAAAGUCACUUUUUGACUUAAUCAGACCACAUUUCCAGAUUUUAGACAGUUAUCAAAAAGGGUUUAUUCUAGGUAUCCUGCAAUGAGCAGUCAGUUGUUUUAGCAGUUGCUGAUAAACAGGGUUUUGCUAAUAUUUUAAAAUGAAUUAAUUACAGAGAGAAGGUUUUAAAUCACAGGAGUCUCUCCUGUUAUCUGCAGUCAGACUUGCUCUCUUCAACCUGAAUUAAACAUAUUCAUAUUUUGUCUUAUAGAAAAGUUUUAUUUUCACCUUUAACCUCUUUGUUUCCUUUUUUAACCCCUCACUUAUACUGAAACCAGCUAACAUCUCCGAUCAGCAUCAGUAUCCACGCCCUAAAAUGUUGUCAUUGCCACCUCCUCUUUCCUAUCUUCUCCGUUCACUGACGGCUAUUCGUGAGCGUCCAGUCGGAUGGCGGUCCGGCCAAUUUUUAGUUUUCUACUUCCAAGCUGCUUUAAGUAUUCAAACUUCCACAUUUUGACUGUUUCUGCCAAUCAGGAGGUUAUUUUCUUGUGGAGCCUCAAAUAUUUAUUUAAGCUGCAUUCAGUGUUUUGUCCUGAUUCACUCAUUAGGUACUUGUUACCCAGGCAACCAUGAUGUAAACUGGGUCAGUAAGAGCAACUAUCCAUGCUUAUACGGCCCAUUUUCACUCAGAAAUGUCUGGAAAUCAUUUUGUAAAGGGGGAAAAAAAAAGUUAAAUUCCAGAUUGUGUCCGUUAGGUAUCGCUUUUUUCAUGUAAACACGCAAAAUUUAAAACACUGCAUUUAAAAGUUAAAGGUGGAAGCAAGAGCAUCAGGCCGACACGCCGCCUCUGAAAUGUAUCUGUUGUGUUUUUCCCCCAAUGUGUGUAUAUCAACAGUAGAUGACUAGCCAGGCCUUUACAUGUCACAUUUUUACUUUCAACAUUUUUUUUUUUUUUUUUUAGGUAACAAAUUAUUCCCUUUGUGAGGUGGUUUCCCUUCCUAUGGCUAUAAUCCAUAGUAAAUAAGAGUCUGUGUUGUGAAUCAAACAUAUUCUGUAUGUAUUAAAGUGAAUUCAUGAAGCUGUAAUUCAUGUUAAUAUCCGAUGUUCCAUAGUUUACGUGCAAAGCAGAUGACGCAUUAAUGUAUGAGGCAGUUUGUGUUGUGCUUAAAUAAAUGUACAUUGACUGAA